GCAGGAGCAGAAUGGGAAGAGUUCUGGAAUGUUCUGCAUCAAAGUGGAAGGUGGUUGAAUCCGUUGAAGGAAGGAACAUCUGCAGGAAGAAGCUGAGGCAGAGAGAAGAUAAAGGAUUCAGUGAGGCACCACGGUAUCCAAAGUGGGGGGGAACAAAUCAUUCAUAAUCAGCUGCCUUUUUCUAAGGCCAUUGGUUGUCUUGCCCCAUGUGCUAUCUAGCCAACUGGCAACAGCUGCCCAGGAUCUCUGGCAAAAAUAGGUCUUUCCCAGACCUACUGCUGGAGCUCCUUAUGAUGGGAGAUGCUGCAGAUUGUAUCAGGGCCUUCUGAAUGAAGUAUGUGCUCUGUCACUGAGCUAGAACUCGGAAGGCCCCAGUUGCCCUAUUCUAGUGGGAGAUGAGCAGAUUCCUGUAGUUCUCCAGGGAAUAGGCGACUCCAUGUUUGAAAACAAAGUGAGGGUUGGAUGCACGCAAGUUUUUCAUGCCAGCUCCCUUGUAUGAAUAGCAUGGUGUGACUGCUCUGUAAAUGGUACCUUUGUCUCAAGAUAUUAUUUUAAUAGUUUACUCCAUUAAAUGGUCACACAGAAGAACUCCAGGAUGAGACAACACUCAACAUGAGAAGAUAAGAUGGAAGCCAAGAAAAAGAUCUUGUCAACAAAGAGGCAAGUUUUUGUAUGUUGUUAUUCUGAUUUGUCUUUGACUACUAAAUUAUUUGAUAGAAGUUGUGCUAACUGUCUACUCUGUCAUAUGGUUCCGAACACAGGAUGACAUAAGGUGGCAAUCCGCAUGAGCAGUUAAAAUGGUGGGAGGCUUGACAUUCACGGAAGGUAGGUUUUUCCCGUUGUUAUUUCCUCUUCAGAGCAAUACAGGAUGGCAAAGUUACUCUACUCACCUCUGAGCCUUCCUUCUGUCCUUCUGAUUCCUGUUUCCUUUCCUUCCUUCUACCAUGAGAGUGUGAAAUUGAGGGACAGGGCAGAGAUUUAUCUCUGGGCAACACUACUCUCAGGUUGAGCACCUGCCUUUUUUCCACCUUCCGACAUUUUAUUAAAUGUAAUAAAAGAAAUGAACCAUACUGUUCAUUAAUUGAAACAAUCAUUUGAUGAUUUAUCUUUUACUUUGUUACUCCAUCGUCAGCACAUAUGAACUGACAUUUAGUCCUAGAUUCAUAUAGUCGUAUGUUUAUUCAGCUUGAUUAAUGAUGCAUUUAAAUAGCCUUUUAUACCUUACUAGCAGGUAGUGCUUGAUGCUGCCUGGGAUCUCAGAAUGUUGUGGUUUUUUAAAUGGAUACUGUAAUAUAUGAGUUUGGACCCAUUGUGCCAUCAAUUGGAUGAAGUCAUGCCAAAGCCACAUUUGAUUCAAAAUGGCACUUGUGGUGAGACCCUGUCAGGCUGCCAGAAAAGCCCUUCCAUCUGGGGUCCAACGCUGUAAGCAGAAACCGGAACAGCUUGGCCGUAAUUAACUUUCUUGCUGAGUAACCAAGGAGACAGCGCACUGCACAUAAAUCAGCUAAGCAAGGCAGUUGCAGAAGCUACAGUUACAUCCUCUCUCUCCCUUAUUUAUACCUCCCUCCAUGCGUUUUUUUGCUGUGACUCAGCUUCUCUUAAUUGUUCUAGCCUUUUCUCGACCCUUCUUUCUGUGGCUACCUCAAGCAUCUCCCCUUCACCCUCACUUUCUGUUGCUGAUUCCUCCCUGUCCCACCAGCCUGAACCUGCGUCAAAGUCCCCUCCCCACUCAGGUGCCUCCUGGACUACUGGCUGCCCCCACUCUUCCUCAACCAGCCAAUCCCUGACAGACACCCAACCUCACCCCAGGAAACCUCAUGCAGAGUUUGGUGAAGACAUCUCAAGUCUUGGAGGGGCUUACCCUACUGGGGUUUAGCUCCUAGUACACAGCGCCUUUUCUAUUCCCUUUUUUACGAGCUGAUGUUCUAAUAAAUUACAUAUUAUGUGAUCCAACACCACAAUGCAGCUUCAAAAACCAGUGUGGCUUCCAGAUCCAAUGUGGCUUCCAGAUCCAAUGUGGCUUCCAGAUCCAAUGUGGCUUCUAGAUCAAAUGUCUCUUCUAGAUCCAGUGUGGCAUCCAGAACAAGACUAAAGCGCAGACGAAAACCACCACCUAAAAAGGGUAUGUAUGCAGCACACAGAGAAGUGGUUCAUAGCCUAGACAAGGAGCAAACUGGAAAGGAAAAGUGGGAGAGCAACAGGAAGCAUCUGUGACCAGUCAUGGUAGGGAGGGCUGGAGAAAAGCUAGCAGUGCUCUGUCAACCCAACAGGCUCACUUAGUCAAACCAACUAACCAAGGUUUGAGUCCAACGUCCUCUGCUGGCUAUGGCAGCGGUGGUGUGAAGCACCAAGCUUCAGCCUAUGUUCUCUCCUCACUACUUAUUUAAACAGGGAACCUCAGACAGAAAGAAAUGGCAGGCAAGAAAGACUUUUCCAUUCACUUAGCCUGACAGUUGACAUGGGAGACAGGCUUAGAAAGCCAGCUUUGGCUUGCUUAUCCUGAGAUCCCUAUGGCAGGGAAAAGAAAACUUGGCAGGUGUGGUCAUUUAAGUGUGGCCUGAAUGCUCCAUCACAAAGUGGAGCGGGAGAAGCAGGGGCGACCCAUCCAUGAGGCAGACUGAGGAAACUGCCUCAGGCUGUAGAAUCUAAUGGGCACAUGCUCCUCCAUCACUGGAGAAGUGGUAGAGGUGGUUUCGGGGUGAGAGCUCCAUGAAAUGGCCUGAAGACCUCAUGUCUCGUGUGGCCUCACCAGGAUCUUGUGAAGAUCACGCAAGGCCUCUGUCCGAUCUCAUGGGGCUCUUGUGAGAUCUUGCCAGACCCCAGAAGCUGCAGCUGCAUGACCCUGCUAAGCCAGACUUCAGCAGGAGCAGUAAGGUGGGGUCAAUGGCAUGCAAACAUGGUGCCACCUUCCCAUUUUGCCUCAGGUGGCAAAGCAGAAUGGACCACUCCUGGGGAGAAGCUAAAGCUAUGUAUGAGGAGGGACUUCUUGGACCUCUUUAUGGUGAGCCCAACUGGUGCCAAGGCCAUGCUCUGGUGGCUUCCACUGGGGACUACUUAUUGAGGUGCUGUUCAUAUAAUCUUUUGUUCCCAAGUCUGCAUCUUUGUUUCAGAUUGUUAUAAGAAAGGAUAGUGUGUGUGUUUUGAUGUUUGGAAUGUCUUAGUUGUUUAUUUAGUGCAGACUCCUUAAGAGACAACUUACAUAUCUAGAAAACACCCCUAACAAUUUAUAGAUUUGUUUGAUAUAGAUUGUGUUUUAAAGCUCCACUGGGUCAGGCAAAAGGCUCAUGUAGUCCAACACCCUGUUCUCACAGCAGCCAAACGGAUGCCUACAGGAAGCCUGCAGGCUGGACCUGAAUACAACAGCAUAGUCCUUAUUUGCAAUACCCAGCAAUGGGUUUUGAGAGGCAUAUUGCCUCUAACAGCGAAUGCAGAACAUAGCCGCUGUAGCUGGUAGCCAUUGGUCAACCUCACCUCCAUGAGUCUUCUUUAAAAGCCACCCAGGUUGAUGGGCAUCACUACUCCUUGUGGGAGUAAAUUCCAUAGUUCAACUAUGCGCUCCGUCUCACCUUAUUUUCUUGUAUAUAUCUUAAUAGCUUUAUACGUCAGCAAGAAUUCCAAAAACACAGCAAAAUAAACCAUACCUUAAUGGGAUAGUGGCGGGAUGUUCAUACGUGAUUGUUAAAGCAUAAUUUUCUUUCUUUUUGCACUUCAAGGAAAAUACGCUGCACUUUUGCAGUACAUAACAGAGUGCUCUGUACCUUCCCUUGCUGCAACUACUGCGGUGGUGCUGUGCCUGGUCCUGUUUUGUGCUGCAGUUGGAGUAAUUAAUCUGUGUAAGUUCAACUGGGGGGGGGGGCUGUAGAGUUAUCCUGGUUGGCUUUACAUCAUUUUGAAGAACACUUUCAAAAGUGGGGGCAUCAUCCAGCCUCAGCUAAUCCCUUUUACCUCCCAGUGUGUGAGGUAAGGAAGUGGUUGAAUCUCACCCAUUGAAACAAAUGCUUCUGUUUCUUUUUUUAAAAAUAUAUGAUAUUAAGGUUUCAAAAAGAAAGAUUACAUAGAUAAUAAGAAAAGAAAAAAAGAAAGAGAUAAAAAAAGAAAAAAUACGAAAUACAGAAAAAAGGUAAAAAACACUUAAAAACAAAUCCAUCUUCCAUGCCUUACAUUUCAUUUCCUUGCUUCCCUGACCUCCUCACACCUCCCUUUUUUGUAUUCCAGUUCAACUAGUUAAUUCAGCAAUUCCUUUCCCUCUUUGUUUUUGUCUUAAUCCUUUAACUUAAUAUAUUAUAACUUUAGAUUCUCACCCAUUAACAAUCCAUUUUUACAUACACCUUUAUAACAUUGCUGCUAAAACCACUUAACUUCAUUCUGACAUCAUUCUAACAUUCAUUAAUUUUGCAGUAUUUCUGUAAAUAGUCUUUAAAUUUCUUCCAAUCUUCUUCCACCGACUCUUCUCCCUGGUCACAAAUGCUUCUGUUUCUUGUCCCUGAAUACUCCAGAGACUUCAUAGGCCAACUUUAUUUAUUUAUUUAUUUAUUUAUUUAUUUAUUUAUUUAUAUCCCGCCUUUCCCCCAGACUGGGACUCAACACAGCCAACAGUAACCACCAGGACCAUAUAACAUGGGUCCUAAAGGAUCUUCACUGGCUCCCAGUACAUUUCCGAGCACAAUUCAAAGUGUUGGUACUGAUCUUUAAAAACCUAAACGACCUUGGCUCAGUAUACCUGAAAGAGCAUCUCCACUCCCAUCGUUCAGUCCAGACACUGAGGUCCAGCUCCAAGGGCCUCCUGGCAGUUCCCACCCUGUGAGAAGUGAGGUUACAGGGAACUAGGCAGAGGGCCUUCUCGGUAGUGGCACCUGCCCUGUGGAACGCCCUCCCACCAGAUGUCAAGGAAAUAAACAACUACCUGACUUUUAGAAGACAUCUGAAGGCAGCCCUGUAUCAGGAAGUUUUUAAUGUUUGGUGUUUUGUAUGUGCUGGAAGCUGCCCAGAGUUGCUGGGGAAAACCAUAAUAAUAAAAAUAUUAUUUAUUAUUAUUAUUAUUAUUAUUGAUAAAACAGAGAAAGCUAAAAACAUAGAUACAAUCAUCACCAAACAGCAAUUAAACACUAAUGGAAUUAAAAUAAUAUAUAUAAAGAACUAUUAAAAAUAACAACUACAAGAAAAACAUCACAGCACCAGCCCUUUCGUUCAAAACAGUCAGUUCCUAAAAGUCUGUUGAGAUAAGAAAGUCUUCACCUGCCAUUGGAAGGACAACGUUUUGGAGCAUCAUGCAGAGAUCUCUCUCCAUGCGUGCAAUUCUCCGCUCCUAUUCCUUCUAAUCUUUGUCUGCUGAAUGAGAGAUUCCUUCUCUUAAAGCGACUCUCCUAAGUUGUACAGUGGAUCUCUGUUUAUCACAUUUGCUGGCUGUGCCCCCUCCUAGGAAUACGGGUCUGCAGUCUGUCCGCCUUGUUCCUUCCUGCUCAUGUGGUGGCAGAAAGCCUUUUCCACUGGCAAGAUAAAAUGGGAGGAAGGUGUUGCAUCCCUAGUCAGUUAUGAUGUCAUCACCCAAUGUGCCCAUGAUCUUUGCAUGACUAUAUUCCAAGGAAGACAUCAAAUCACAAUGGAUUCAGCAGGGCUGGGAGAACCAAUUCACCAGGUAUACAAGACUGCAGAUCACCUGCUAGAAACUAUGACUGUCAUACAAAAAGCAGGUUUCACAGCGAAGGCACAGGGAGUCUUGAUUCAAAAAUCAUUCUAAACAAUUAUUAUUAUUUUGGGGUGAGGGGUGUAGCACACUCAUGCCCAGACUAGUGUGUUGGAAUACCAUUUCUUUUUCUCUUUAAUCCCUUCUAGAUAUCUACGAGCAGAACAAAAUGCAUCUAGAAAAGAGAGCAAUGAAAACUAUCAGAGACUUUAUGAUAAAAAGGGAACCGUCCCUUCAGAACAAGAAUGGUAAGCAAUAAGUUUCCAUCAGUAUAUUCAUGAACCCUUACCUUUUGCGCCCUAAUCUGGCCACAGUGAUCAUGCGAAGGUCACCUCCAGACUUGAUUAUUAUAACUCGCUCUAUGCGGGGCUGCCCUUGAAGCUGACCCAGAAACUCCAGCGGCUGCAGAAUGCCACGGCGAGGCUCCUUACGGGGUCCCUGCCAUGAGAUCCUUGGUCCCGAGCCUCAAGGAGGUUAGAUUGGUUUCAGCUAGGGCCAGGGCCCUUUCAGCCCUGGCCCCGAUCUGGUGGAACGCUCUGUCACAAGAGACUAGGGCCCUGUGGGACUUGACAUCUUUCUGCAGGGCCUGCAAGACAGAGCUGUUCCACCUGGCCUUUGGUUUGGACUCAGUCUGACCCUUAUGUUUCCCUCUCCUUAUGGUCUUGAUUUAUCAGCUACUAUUAAAAUGAGGCUGCAUUUUAAAUUGUAUUUUAACCCGUAUUUUAAUAAAUUGGUUUUUUUGGUUUUUGGUUUGUUUGUUUCCCCCUAUUAUGUUUUAUUGUAAUUUUAUUGGUGUUAGCCGCCCUGAGCCCUGCUCUGGUUGGGGAGGGCGGGGCAUAAAUAAAAAUUUAUGAUAAGGAUGAACACUGCUCCCCAGCCCUACACCCCAUUGAGGGGUAUUGCUCCACAGUAGAACUUGUUUCAAGUCUCUUAUGUAGAGAGGUGAAAGUAGCUGGGGAGUGGAGGAAGAAUGAAGAGCCCACCUUUUCUCCAACACUGGUCCUCUGAAAAUGCCCCUCUUCCCACAAACAACCACUUUCAAAAUAUGCAGAGUUGGGAGCCUGUGUCUGCGGGAGCCUGGACCUGUUAAAUCAGAACCAAUCAUCACCCAGUUCCUUUGUAUAUCUGUCCAUUUUGUUAUAAUUUCCCAAAAUUGGUUGACUUUGCUACGGGACUGGCUAGGAAAGCUGGAUUGCCUUCUUGUUGCCCUUCCUUCAAUAAGUGGCAACAGUUUUUAUUCCAACAGGCCUCUAGGAACUGGCUGUUUUUUAAGGAAAGGGCUGGCACUGUGAUGUUUUUUAAAAAAUUUGUUUUUUAUGUUAUUUUGUUUUUAUUAAUGUUUAAUAACUUUUUAAUGAUUGACUUUGCUAUGAUUUUAGCUUUUUCUAUUUUAUCUGCAUUUUGCAUUUUUUUAUCUGUAAACUUCCUUGAGUCCCAGUCUGGGGGGAAAGUGAGAUACAAAUAAAUAUAACUAUAAUAAUAGUGAAUUUGCAAAUCCCAGAAGAAAAAAAACCCAUGGGGGGGUAGGAAUUGAGGUACUGCAUGGACAAUUUUAAUAUUGAAAAACCUAUCAUUGUAAGAGAAGACUCAACAUGCUUACAAACUGACUCAUGCACCAGAAAGUCCUAAAAUUCUAUGUUAAGUUGCCCAUCUUAAUUUCUGCACCAUGUGUGUGCAGUUCCCAUGUGCUACAGUAUCACACAUGGUGUAAGGUGAUUAGAAAUAAGAAUGUAAGACAUGAAGUGUGGGUUUAUAUUAGACCCAUUUUAUCAAUUCCAGCUUAAGACUUUAAGUUCUUGGUUCAAAGGGAAGGCCAAUGUGCAGUAAGUAUUCCCAAACAACUGUUGAUCUCCUAAACCAGUUAUAAUUGGGUGGCACUGUGGUCUAAACCACAGAGCCUAGGGCUUGCUAAUCAGAAGGUUGGCGGUUUGAAUCCCUGCGAUGGGGUGAGCUCCCGUUGCUAGGUCCCUGCUCCUGCCAACCUAGCAGUUCAAAAGCACGUCGAAGUGCAAGUAGAUAAAUAGGUACCGCUCCGGCGAGAAGAUAAACGGCAUUUCCGUGCGCUGCACUGGUUUGCCAGAAGCGACUUAGUCAUGCUGGCCACAUGACCCGGAAGCUGUACACCAGCUCCCUCGGCCAGUAAAGCAAGAUGAGCACCGCAACCCCAGAGUCGUCCACAACUGGACCAAAUGGUCAUGGGCACGUUUACCUUUGCCCUGUAAGGAGGAAAAGCGGCUUUAAUUCCAUCGUCCCUCUCCUCUGCCCAUGACAUUCCCCUUCAGUUGAGGAGGAAGGCUUUCCUGAUUCAUGUCUCCUGGAUGCCCCAUAACUCCACGGGAAUAGCACAGCUUACCCUCCAAAAUUAUAUUUUGCCCCCAGGUCCUGCAAGUCUCUGUGCAAGUCUCCAGUACAGUGGUACCUCGGGUUACAUACGCUUCAGGUUACAUACGCUUCAGGUUACAAGCUCCGCUAACCCAGAAAUAGUACCUUGGGUUAAGAACUUUGCUUCAGGAUGAGAACAGAAAUCGUGCGCCGGCAGCGGGAGGCCCCAUUAGCUAAAGUGGUGCUUCAGAUUAAGAACAGUUUCAGGUUAAGAACGGACCUCCGGAACGAAUUAAGUAUGUAACCAGAGGUACCACUGUAUCACUAUUCUUCUGAAAAGUGCUCACCCUUCGUGUCAAGCUAUUCCCCACUUUUAUUUUGAAUUUAUUGAUAAGAUGGUUAAUAGCUACGUAAUCGACAUGCAUAGAACUGAUUUAAUAAAAUGGAAAUUGUUGUGACUCAGACCGCAUUAAAUGGCUUAAUUCUAGCAUUGGCCCCACGCAAAUCAUUCUGUUUGGCUAUUUUGAGAAGCAGGCAAGUGAACAUUGCCAAGUGAUGCCAGUUUCAGCCAUGUACUUUGGAACACUGGAGGCUGGACUUGUGUAAAUGUACAACAUGGGCCCCACCGCUAACCUCUGGCAUCUCCUCAGUUGAGGUUCCAUCUCAAUAUUCUCAUGGCUUUUCUAAAACUUUUAUUUAAUCCUAUGACAUUCAAUUUGAGAAUUUUGUGUACUGAACAUUUUGCAGCAAACUGUAAGUUUGAACGUGGAGAACUUGCCCAAGAACAUUUUCAGUUGCAGAAAGCGCAUAUCUAUUGCUGGCACCAUGAAUACUACUUUGGGGACCUAAAUUACCCAUGGGGAAGCUUGAACCUUUACUCAGUACUAGCAAAACGGUAAAGGGAUAUGUAUAUGGAGCUCGUACACUGAAAAUUCCACUUGAAUAGGGCAAUCUCCGUCCAGUGUGUCCUUGUGUGCUCUUCACAAAGAAGACACACAACCCACUCCCUUUCAAAAUGGCCUUCUCCGGGAGAUAGGACAAGUUUUACCAUCAGUAUACCAAUAUCCCUCAGUAGAAAGGAAAUCAAUGUUAACAGCUGACCCAGUUGGGGCAAGGGUGGAGUAAACCUUGGUCAUCCCAGACACUGAGAACCAGGACUCCUCCUAUCUAGGCUCCAUAGCAGGGUUCUGCUUCUUUUUUUCACGCUAGAAUGUGAUUGUACAUCAGAUUUUGGAAAAUGACUUUUUUAUAUACAUAGAUGGAUGUUUGCAUUACCACUGACUUGAAUUGUUCAAACCUUUUAGAUUCUGAAAUAUUUCGUGGAGCACAGAAGUUGGCAGAUGAAUUGGUUGCAUGGAACUUCAAAGUGUAUGAAGUACAAGUUGCAAUUGGUAAGUUCCUUUGAGACAAUGAUACUGAAGUAUUGAAAUUCGUCUGUCUGCACAGCUCUUGAAGGUUCAGGGGCCCAGCUGCCCUCUGCCUCUCACACACUACUUUGAUAAAACAGACUGAGCAAUUCAGACAUUCACAAUCCAGGAAGAAAUUCAGAUGUGAAGAACCUUGUGCCUUUGGAUUUUUGUGGCUCUGCAAGUUGAUGAACUCCUUCUUGAAUGACUUUCUAAUUAAUGGUGGAAAUUGGUUGGAAUUAUGGAGUUUGGGAUACAAGAAUGUCUCACCCCCAAUAUGAGGUGAGCCAGGAGCCUUCCAGAUUUAGUCUUGAGAUCAUAUUUCUUCAUCACCACUACCACUGCAAAUCAACUGAGAGUGCUGUUGUGCUCAGAUCCUACUUGCAAGAGUUCCAAUGGGCCGCUGUGAGAACAGGAUGAUGGAAUACAUGGGUUCUUUCCUGAUCCAGCAGGUGUUUAUGUUUUUAACACACAGCCUAGGGCUUGCCGAUCAGAAGGUCGGAGGUUCAAAUCCCCGCGAGAGGAUGAGCUCCCGUUGCUCGCUCCCUGCUUCUGCCUAGCAGUUCAAAAGCACGUCAAAGUGCAAGUAGAUAAAUAGGUAAAUGCCAUUUCCGUGCGCUGCUCUGGUUCGCCAGAAGCAGCUUAGUCAUGCUGGCCACAUGACCCGGAAGCUGUAUGUCAGCUCCCUCAGCCAGUGAAAUGAGCGCUGCAACCCCAGAGUCGUCUGCGACUGGACCUAAUGGUCAGCGGUCCCUUUACCUUUACCAGGUCCCCUUGCACCUGAGAUGCUGCUGUUGCAGUACUUCAGGUGUGAGUGGGAAUGAGAGACCUUUAUGCUGCUGUUCCACUGUCUUGUAAGUUUGGGAGAAGGCAGAGGUAUAUCAGGGGAGGGAUUUCAUUGUUAGUUUAGGAGUCAGAAAAUCCCACUAAAUUGAGACUAUAAGUGGACUCUAAUUGUUGUGGGUUUUAUGUCAUGAGACACACCUGAGUACCUCGGUGAUGCACAUUUGACAGUGGGGGAGGGACGAGGAAAGUUCUACACCAAUGGGGUGGCCUCCUUUUUUUGCAUAUUUUCACUGAAAUUCCAAACAUUAUCAGUAAAAAUUAGUAAGGAUGGUACCCAUUUUAGUGCAGACCUAGUAUAUAGCUUUCUAAUAGGCUGUCUAGAUAAAUGUAUGAGAAAAUUAUUUGCAAAUCAAUUGGUGAAUGCAAAGAUGGUUAUAGGGAGGGAAAUCAAUGACACCUUCUCAUUGAAACCAGCCUCUAAAUAUGUUCAUUACAGGAACAAACAUUUCAGAGGGCAGAAGGCUGGCUAUCCUGUUAGAUUAGUAAAUUGUGCUGGAUGGUAAUGAAAUAUCAUUAUGUCAUUCACUUCAAGUUUGUGUUUGUAUUUUAAAGUGAUCCACAGGCAUCUCUCAAAUUCUGCCCCCUCUCUUUUCCCUGUGAAUUCCUUGCUGGGUUGAAAGAGGACCUUAUUAGAAAAUUUCGUCUAAAGUGGAUGCCACAUGCUGGGCUUCUCUAUUUGUUUGAAGUUCGAAGAAAGUCAUGGUUCGGUGCAAAAGAGUUUUGUGAGGAGGAAAAGUCCUGGCUGACAUUUGUUGAAGAUGCUGGUGUGGAGGUGAGUACAACACCAGGAAACUCGCUAUAAUGAUCUCUAGCAGGCAAGCAGCCUGAUAAACAGCAAGGACUCUCCGUCAGUUUUAUAUAAGUUUAUAUAUAAACACACACACAUCCAGAGCAUGGUGUUCUGCCUGCUCUCAUUAACCUUAGUUGCUCAGUCUGACUCAUUGUCCCUUGCCCAACAGGAAGAACGCCAAAAUCCCGCCUUUCAUCUCCUUCCCUUCCAUUGCUCUCUGGGCUUCUCUAAUCUCCUCGUUUGAGGACUGCAGGGCUGGCUCUUCCGCAGAAGACUCAGCCUCCAACACUGGCUUAUCUGGUGGUUGCAUGGCAACACUUUGGUCAACUUCCCACUCUUCCUCUCCUUGGGAGCUAACUGCUUCUUCCCAGGAAAGGAGGGGGGCUGGGCAGACAGACAUCUCCCAUCUGCAGAGUCAGCCCUUUGAUCACUCAGCUCAGUUUACGAGGCUGACUCUUCCGCUGCGCUCUGGGGAGCCGCAUUCCUGACACUCUCUUGAAAUUAAUUGAUUUUAAGUCCUUUGGGUGCCUAUAAAAGUUAUCUGGCAGCCUCUGCAUACUAGUGCAUGAACAUCUUACUUCCCCCUCUUUCUCCACGAGCAGAAAGAUGUCAUGGGGCACUCUUGAAUGAAUUGUGAUCUAGUGAAGGGAGAGUACUGGAGGCUUGUUUUACUUUUUUUUUCUAGCAGGGGAGGUAGUAUCUAUUAAGAAAUGUACAAGUAAAGCAGGUGGAAACCAUCAGGCAUGGAACUAGAGAGGCAGUCUUUAAAUUGUAUCAGUCCCCACAAAUGAGGAGGUUUUAGGCCAGCAAAAGGCACAGAAGAGGAUCUGGGAUUUGCAGGCCCAGUGGUGAGUCAAGAAAGGAGGGAGAAAGGGCUUGCCGGAAGGGGGUUAUAUUGCAAGCUCUGUCGUUAAGAGACAGGAUCUAAUGAUGAAAGGAGUACCCAACCUCACAGAGUAAAGGACUCUGACGAUCCUUGGCAUCUUGAGAGAGUACUCUCCUGUGUGCACUCAGCUUAAGGGUUCAGAUUCUAGGCUGACUGAUUAUCCUUCUGUUCCUUCUCUAGCUGAGUUUUUACUGUUACCAUGUUUUUAGCAAGUUGUGUGGGGUUUUUAAACUGAGCUUUAGUAUUCUAGAAGUCGGGGGCUGGCCUUCUGGGCUGUGAAGCAAUGGUUCCUAAAUUGAAAACCAUGUCAGGCUGAGUUUCGCCCUUGGGUUGGGGUUUGCCCACCCUUGAUUUAGUUGCAAGGUGUAGGAGGCAAAGCCCAUCUCUGUGGCGCAACUUCUUGCUGUCAAUUCACAUUUCACUCCUAUUGAACAUCUGGAGGAGCCUCUUGUCUUCCAGAGAAGAUACUUUGUCUGGAAAUAAUUUGAAAGGGGGUUCUGGUUCCUCAUUUCUAGGAAAGACUCUGGUUGUGCUUUCUGCAGGAGUUUCUAGAAAAAGAAACUGAAUUUGCACAUGAAGAUUCCUGGAUUGGACUCCAUCAUGAGAAUGGGAAAUGGAAAUGGCAUCAUGGCCCAAAUGUAGUAGACACGUAAGUGUGAACAAAAAUUCUUUACUUUUCAUAUUGUAGAAACUUUGUCGGAAAUUCACGGGUGACAGAUUAAUCAUAGGUAUGAUGGAGAAGCAAGUUCACUAUAUUCAGAGUCAGUGGACCUCAGUUUCUCGGACUCUUUCCAAAAAAAACCACUUUUUUCAGAUGGAGCCAGGAGUAAUAAGCUGUUUUGAAAAUGUUGGGAUUGAAAUAUAGAAUUGUAAAAUUCUUAAAUAAGCAGAUGGACUUGAUUGCAGUUUCCUGAGCAUAGCAUUGUGUAUUCCAAGCAAUGCACUCAUUCUUUGCCAUUUUGUGGGAGAAAUAACUUGCAGGAGGAAACUAUAGAGAGGGAAACUACCCCCCAUUUUCUGCUGAUGGACAAAAUCUGAAAAAUACAAACAAUACACUACAAUUAUGAGUAGCUGGCAAUCUUGAGGUAGAAAGCAAGAGUGAGACAGAAGUGAGCUGAAUAUCUCAUUAAUGCUAGGAAAAAAGUAGACAUCCAGCAUGCAUUCAUUAGUUACAGUUGAUGGAUUUCUGACUGCUGCCUUUUGCUUUCAGUUAUUGGAUGCAUGGUCAGCCUGACAAAAUAAAAGAAGAACCCUGUGUCAUAUUAAAAUCGCAUUGUUCCAGAACAACUAAAUGUUGGGAAAACAUUCCCUGUAAUGUAGAAAAACGGUGGAUAUGUAAGAAGAUGCCUGAUAAAAGAUGGUAUACGGUAAAACCUUGAUAAAACUGGAUUCUGUGAACUCUAUGCUAAAAGCAAUGGAUUAAUCUCCCCCUUUAAAAAAUCAGCAAUCCAGGUUAUGGAAUUGGGGCAUGGAAGAGCUCAACUCUCUGCCAUCAACAACUGAAAGCACCUUAGCAGUCCUGUUUCCUCAAGACUGGAAAAAAGAGACCUUAAUUUGCAACCUCAAAGAUCUGAACCUCCAAGAAAAUGAAGCGUGGGAGAGUUUGGUCAAAACCAGCUUCUGUACUUCCAAUAAAUUACUUUGGUAUAA